GCUUCUUCCCCUUCGCAUCCAUAUAACGUGAAAUGCAUCCGCUUACAAUACGUUGUUGCAGCCACCUCAGGAGUGGCUCAAUACCGAUAUCCAUAAUUGCUGGCCGACAGUGGACUAAACCGAAUCCAUUCAGGAAUCCUUCUCACACUCUUCCGCUCUGGCUUGUACGACGGAACCACGAUGCGCCGUCAGCAGCCAAGGCCAUCGUCAUCGGCGCCGGACCCGCCGGCAUCGCCGUUGUCGGAAACCUUUUUGAAGCCCUUCCGCGUGGUAAAAUAGUGUGGAUAGACCGAGCAUUCGAGGGCGGCAGCGUCGGCCAGUUCCAUCGAGAAUUGCCCAGUUACUCCCCGGCAGGCGAUUAUCUUGAGUAUGCCCGCGCCAUCCAGACCUUUCGGGACAUAUCCGCCGAAGCACAGCAACCAAACGCCGUUACCAAGCUGAGGCAGCUCGAGCGCGAAAUGACCUGCUCCCUCAACUACGCCGCCGACAUGCUCAUGCUCAUGACCGACGGCCUGCUCAAGUCCCCCCGCAUCGAGCCCGUCAUGGGUACCGUGGCUCGCGUAGUUCGCAACCCCAGAAUCAGAGAAUGGACUGUCACCCUCGACACCCCCGAAAUAGGCUUCGACCCCAACCCAGUGACCUUCACCGCGCCCAUAGUGGUAUACUGCACGGGCACGCACCCCAAAGUAACCGCCCUGCCGCUCCCCAUUGACCGGCUGACCGUCGAGACGGCGCUGGCCCCCUCGCGGCUGAAGCUGCUCCUGCCGCGGGACGAGCACCGGCGCGUCGCCGUCUUCGGAUCCGGCCACACCGCCGUGCUUGUGCUGAGAAAUCUGUUCCGGCUGGCGGCCAUCUCGCACCGGAAGCUGCGGAUCCGCUGGUUUACGAGGAGUGAGAAUCUGGUAUAUGCCGAGCCGGAUCCGUACUAUGAUCUGGAUGAGGAUCUUGCUAGUGCGGUGAAGGGGGAAGGGGUUGAAUGGGGCGCCGACAUGCGCGUGAAGAACGAGUCCGGCGGCUUAGCUGGCGAGGCGGCCUGGUUUGCGCGGACGCAGCUCGAGGGGGAGAGGCUGAAGGGAAGCGAUGCGGGCCAGUUUAUCGAGCGUAUUGUGCUGCCACAGGUGGAGGAGGGGCUGAGCGAGCAGGAGCGGGAGGCGAAAGAGCACGAGUUCAUGCUGCAGGGGGGCCACCUCGAGCGCGUGGACCAUGUGGUGCAGUGCAUCGGGUGGGAGAGGGCGCGACUGCCCGAGCUGAGGCCAGGUCUGGGCCCAUGGCGAGGUCCCAUCGGCAAACCGAAGAAGUUGAUAUUCAAUGCCCUGACGGGGUCGUUCUUUCCGAGUGGAGGGAAGAGGAAUGAGGUGGUUGGGUUGUAUGGCGCCGGGAGUGCGUUCCCGGAGUUGGUGCCGACCACGAAGGGGUGGAGGGAGCCGGCGGUCGGGAUAUGGAAGUUUAUGAAGUUUGUCAACAAGAUGGUGCCAAGAUGGGUGCAGGCCACGAAGAAGGGGUAUUUUGCGAAGGAGGACGAUGGUAAGGAUGCGGAGGGGCGGAGAAGGUUCCAUCAAUAUUACUAGGAUGGGUUCCUGUAAGAGAAAGGUGUAGACUGUAACUUAUAAGAAGCCUUUAUGUAUAAUCAUCCCUUGGGUUGGUAGAGUUGGCAAGGUGCAAUGUGUUCUUGU